ACCUAAGGCCUACCGAUGAGAUGAGAUAGCGGACGGCAAGUCGUCGAGGUCGCGAGGCAAGGCAGGCAGGCAGGCAGUCGCGACGACGAUCUCUCCAACGAGUUUCGCGUGUGCGUGCGUGCCCAUCUGCAGCAGCUCGCUUCGGCGUAGCUUAGCGUCAGCUUAGCGUCGCGCAAACGCCGGCGACGGCGUCGGGGAGCGCAGUCGGCACAGCCCGUCGGCGCCCAAGCGAGUUCUUCUUAAACCUCGAGCCUUCAUUCCGCCGCCGUCGACGCUGGUUCGGUCUACAACUGCUGCCGCUGUAGUGUGUUUUCCUUUUCUAUACUUGGGUGCUGUCGCCACACGUCUGUUUUCGUACUCGUCUUGUGCGCGGGUGUGCGAAUCGGGGCCGUCGUCUUCGAGUGGAUUAUCGACGCUUGCUUCUUCUCGUCGAGGAUAUUCCCGGCCCGUUUUUCGUGUUUCUUUUUUGGUGAGGGGGCGAUCGCCGGGCGUAAGGAUCGACGACCUCACUAGUGUGACACCUUCGAGCCCUGUUCGAGGAGGCGCUGCGUCUCGCACCGGACUGACGAUAUUCUGCCGCGACUGUCGCCGAUUCCUUUGUGACGCCGGAGAAGUGACUCGGAUAGAGCUGUCAAAAGUCGCAGGCGUUGCGACUACUCCGGAAGUCGGUCUGACGUUUAAUUUCGUCGAAGAAAAAGGUGUGUGCGGUUGGAGAAGUUACUAGGUAUUCUUCGGGACGGUGCGUGAGAGUGUCCCUUUUUUGAUCGGAAAGGGGGGAGUGGUGGUGAUUGUGGUGCCGUGACUGCGGACCGAGGGAUAAUAUGCGGCUCUUCGGACGCAAGUCUCGCUCGUUCACGCUGCCGUCCGAGGACGGACGCAACAGUCCUGGCUACGAGAGUCGCCCCCCGGGUGUCGCGAACGGUCGGGGCGGACCGACCCUACCCACUCUGCCCGAAAUUCGGGUGGAUGCACCGCCGGCCGACGACCCGCCGUCGACUCCCGACGAACACCGGCCCGUCGAACACCGACCCGUCGAAGUGCCGGCCUCCGACGAAACUGCAGAGCCCCCUACCCGGUUUUCGAGGCGAAAGUCAGUCUUUGCCGAACACUACGAUCCAGCCGAGGAUGAGGACGACGAAGGGCCCAAGGUGGUCCACCCCAAGUCGGACGAACAGCGGGAGCGGCUGAGCCAGGCAGUACGCAACAUCCUACUCUUCAAGUCACUCGAUGGGCUUCAGAUGAAAGAAGUCAUAGAUGCUAUGUUUGAACGAAAGGUGAAGGCGGGAGAGACGGUGAUCAAACAGGGAGAUGACGGAGACAACUUCUAUGUCAUCCAAAACGGCACGUACAACAUCUUUGUGUCGACGGACACGGAGAAGAACAAGCUGGUCGGCAAGUACGAGAACUCUGGCAGCUUCGGGGAGCUUGCCCUCAUGUACAACAUGCCACGAGCGGCCACCAUCACUGCGGUCAGCGAGGGAUCCCUCUGGGCGAUGAACCGGCAAACCUUCCGGCGCAUCGUCCUCAAGAGCGCCUUCAAGAAGAGGAAGGAGUACGAGACCCUCCUGGAGCGUGUGCCCAUGCUCAAGUCGCUCAACCACUACGAACGCAUGAACCUAGCCGACGCACUCACGCCAAGGUCUUUUGCGGACGGAGAGCUCAUCAUCAAACAGGGGGACGAGGCGGACGGCAUGUAUUUUCUAGAAGAUGGCAUGGUCAGAAUAGUCGUUAAAAAAAAUGGAGGCACCGAAAUGGAGGUGUCUCGCGUCAGCAAGGGCGGCUACUUCGGAGAACUGGCGCUACUGACGAAAAAGCCGCGGGCAGCCACGGUGUAUGCCGUGGGCGCCGUCAAGCUUGCCCUUCUGGACGUCUCUGCAUUCGAGCGACUCUUGGGGCCCUGCAAGGAAAUCAUGAUGCGAAACAUCGACCAGUACGAAGAGCAGAUGGUCCAAGCGUUUGGAUCCAAAGCCAACGUCUCGGACCUGCGAUGAUGGGGCAGCUUCGGAACACUUCCCUCUUCUCUCAUUGCCGCCCCUUCCCUCUUUUCCCUAGCUGUCCACCCCCCCCCCCCCCCCCCCACAGACUUCCGGGCAUUCCCCAGAAAUCCGUAGUCGGAUGACGACGUUGUUCCGAGGCCAGAGUCUGGUGUUUCUGCCUCAUUCUUUCCCUAAGUCGGGCCCCUUCCCGCCGUUGUCAGCGCUUGUCUCCGUGACCCAAUUGUGUUUUUUUGUUUUUUUCUGAGAGUAUGGGACAGUCUGUGAAUCUGGCAGUCCUAUUGGUUGGUUGGCAAGCGCACAGACGGAGGACCGACCGGUCAGAGGGAACGGUCUGCCAUCGACGCAAGGAUCGGCGCGUUUUUCCGACUCUUACUCGUGUUUUUAGGAAAGAAUAAAGGGAAGGGAGCGCGAAUCGAGCGAAUCUGAUUGGUCCGUUUGAAAUGCGCUUAAGAGGCAAACUGGCCAGUCGGAGAAAGCGGCGUGGGAACUGAGCUCUCUGGUUUGUCGAGCGGGGGCAGCGGACAGCGUGUUGUCAGGGAAGAACGGGAUGGGGCAUGCACGGUCUUAAACGGAAGGAUCCCCAUUGGUCGGAACUGUUUUGUUCCCGACCAGUGGGAGGCGGUUUCCGAUUCGUGGAACAGGGGCGACGACAGGCAUCCUUUCCUGCCAUAGUUGUGUCUUUGAGGAAGGAAAGAAGUGUGGGGGCAAAACGUUUGUAAAAGGAAGCGCAUCUAUUGGUCGGUCGGUUCGCACGAGGGACGAGGAUUAAGCCGUACGAAGAGCGGGGCAAGAUGAAACUUCUUCACGAUUGGUGGAAAUGACUGGUCGGAUGAGAUUGAGGGGCCAGCAAUUUGUGGGACAGGGAGGCGUGCAGUUUGUUUUCUCUGCACGUUUCUCGAGGCUCCUAGGUUGUCCGGGUGUGCAAGUUUAGUGCUGCUGAGGUCGCUUUGAAUCCAUUUCAGUUAUUUCAGCCGGGCGAGUUGAGUAGCACCUAGGACAUCCCCAGACUUCCUUCGCGUGACCGUGAGAUACCUCUCCCCGUCGGGUUAGUUUCUAAAGUCAUUGUUAACUCCAUCAAAGUGUGCGUCCAACGCCACAAGCAGCGAAAUCCGAUUUCUGAUCACUUUUCCGACUUUUGCCGGGUUGACCAUCGGAAUUUAUUGGCCGUGAAACUAAUUUGAUGAGACAACUGCAAAUACCCGUCAGUUAUAACCUUGCAUGGGAAUGCAUUUCCGGCACACUUGAGGUGCAUAUCGGAAAUGCUACCAAUUUAUUGAUCCGACCGUGGAAAGCAAAAGCCUCCCCGUCGGCAUAAACCAAACAGAACGCCGAUUUCGAUUGGAAUUCUUGUACGCCGACGACCGUUCACAACUUUGUGCUCAAUCCUGCCCCCCAUUGUGAAUGCCUCGAGACAUGGCGUCAGUCGCAACGCGUCGGGCUUUCUUUUUUGUCUCGUGCGUGGAGCCGUCGAUAGAGUUUAGAGCAGUACAGUGGGGAACAGAGCUUGCGUAGCUCGAGAGCAGGGGAUCGUGUCGACGCGAUGCUGUCUGUACUACGUGGGUUUGUACCGAACUGGCGUGCACUUUGUCGGUUACUAAGAGAGUCCCUUAGAUUGCACUUGCCACUUUUUUUUUCUUCUGAAUCAAUAUCUCUAGGAGCUAUCGUCGAAGGGCCCCGUGAACCUUGUUUUUCUGCGCACCCAAACGUCGUGCCGGGCGUACGUUUGCUUCGCAGUUUUAUUUUGUACGUGUCACUUUGCAGUAGGCAUUGUAGAGCUCUUCCGCUCAAUGCGGUGUCGUGCCGUUAAAUUUGGAAGGCAAAGGAAUGUUGUCGGUUUAAUUUUUUUUCUGUCGCUCCAUGGCAGUUUUCGUUGACACAUCUGCUUGUUGGUUUCUUUUUUUAGCACCAACCGCUUUACUCGCUUUUUUUUUUUGUUUUUAGUCAUAGAACUUUUUUAGGCAUAUAUUUCGUCACCGGUUCGAAGUUCUGGCAUGUGGGUUCGCGCUGGGCGUCCGAACCCACAAGACAUUUGUCGUUUGUGUGGACGUCGCCCUGACGACGGGCGAAUCGGUUCACGAACCUGGGGUACGCUGUCGACUAUAGGCCGUCGACUGCUAGGAGCUUGUUCGGCUGAAUUGUGCCCGGGUUUUCCACGUCGCAACUCGAGAGAACCGUCUUCCGCCCGGACUGCGAGAAUGACUCCCACGGAAAGUGCUUUUGGUUGUUUCUCCGGUUCGCGUUGCACGGCCAAUAGUAUGAUAAACACACUUGCGAUCAUAAGGUAGCGCACCCUUGCCAGUAUCGCAGCCAAAAGGUGGAGCCAACUGCCGGUGACUUCUAGUUUGCACUACGGACGACUGUAACUUUUGCUAGUGCCAUGUUUGUUUUGUUUUCGUAAAUGAAGCGACGACGUAAAUUUGGGAAGGUUGACCCCGCACAUGAAGGAAUUGCAGGUUUGUGGCAUGUUUUCGACCGACCGUGUUCAUAACGGGGGAGACGUAUACCAUACGGCAAUUCAUUCUCCAAACUGUUUCUUUCUGUGUGUAUGUGAGUAAUUAAUGUGUGUAUGUGCGUGCGUGUCGGUGUGUUCGCAAAAAUUGCACGUGUGAGAGGGCGCUCGUUCGUAAGACUCUGCCGCACGCCGAGCUUCUAAAGAGACGAGCCUUUGCUUGCGCGGCGCAGAACUUUUGUUAGAAUAGUUUUUUUUAUGUUUCAGAGAUUACGCAAGCUAGAACGAGAACAGAGUUUACGACCCUUUGUUUUUCUUCUAGUUUCUUCCCCUUUUAAGAGCAAUCUAUGACGAGUUGUGUAUUGUACCCUUUUCUUCUUUUUUUUUUUUUUUUUUUGCCGGAGCCACUCUAUAUUCCAUGUACUGCGUACUGGACUACCAAUGUUACUUGUUGAAGCUAGCAUAGUCACAAUGUAUGUUUUCGUUGUCCUUCCGGCUCAUUCUUUUCGUAGUGUCGUUAGUGUCACUUCUUUUAAGACUCGCGCGUUUGUCAUGCUCGCUGUGCAAAGAUCCACGGAGCUGGUGCGAACUCGCUAGCAGACGAGGUGUGUGUGGGGCGCCGCCAUUCCGGCACCGGACGUUUUGUACCGAACGGUCGACGGAGCUCGGUCUUUGCGUCACGUUACGACGGCAGGGUCUCAAAUACUGCUGCGAAAUUGGCGCCAAAAAUCCUGGGUUCAACUAUGCAUCACAGAUAUGCCCAGUUGAGAAGUGGUGGCAGACGGGAUGCCAAUGUUGCCAGCUGUAGAGCCGGGCUCUCUGUUCACACCACGGCCACAUUGGUAGAACGAUGGUGCGACUUUAUUUUCUUUUCGCCCGCGAUCCCGAAAUUCUGCCGAGUCGUUCGGAACUGCUUUCGUGAAUGGGGAAAACCAGAACCUGCCAGUGCUCUUGCCUCGCAUGCCAGCGCCAUCUGGUGGCAACACGAGGGAUGCGAGUCCACCACACACGCACGUCGAACGCGCAAACUGCGUUCGUGAGUUCUGGUUUCUCUUCUGUUCACAACUGAAUAUGCUCGCCAGACGUUUUUCCCAAAUUGAUAGUAGUUUCUUAACCCAGGAGCAUUGUUCACGAACCGACGUUCCGUGACGCGUCUGCUAAACCAUUUUUACUGGUCUAGUUCCACCUGCUGCACUGUCCCGUGCUGCCGCCUGUAUUUCCAACAGCGAGCUUCUCCAGUAUUCUUUGCACACCGUCAAACUCGCUGUCGUCUGCAGACGACGACUCGCACCUUGCUCACGGCAGACGGAAGACACGAGCAAAGUCGCCCACCAGCCCGAAGCACCUCUCGACAAUACCGUUACAGAUGCAGAGUAUUCUUCUCCCGUUGAGGGCAAAAGAAAUGACAAAAAAAAAAGACUGUUGUGGUAUGUUGAUGGAGUUGUUCCGUACCGUUUUUUGCAUUGUCCUCGACGCAUCCGACGUUUCUCUGUGUCUCUCAUGUUUGCCUCCCCCUUCUCUCUUCGACGAUGUGGAAAAGUGCUACUAGUACUACCUUGUUCCUUAUCAUGUGCACACGAUCGAAAAUAACAUUGCGUCUGGCUCUCUCGCCCGUUUCUUUUUUGCAAUUUUGUACGGACUGUUCUUUAACACUUUUUGUUAACGUUUUUCUUUGACGUUGCUUUGUUGUUGAAGUUCCCGAGUUUCUUUCGACCCUGCAUCCCUUUCUUCUUUCGUUUCGUUGCAAGGAAGGAGCCUUUUCUUUAUUUUUCUUUUAUUUUUCUUCUCUCCGCAAAUUGUAGGUGUAUAUUUAUGAAUGUUGAAUUUCGACUCUCGAGCACGCUGGGAAUAAAUGCGGGCUGUACGACGGAAACUUC